AGGUGCAGUUUCACGAGGAAUCACUUUUCAGGUGAUUCGCUUCAAGAAAGGACCGAUAUUAAUUGUCUUUUUCAUUUUAGGACAUUUAUACGUUGUCAUAUUGAAUCCGGGUACUGAUAUUUUCGAUCCUUAUGCCCAAAUUAGACUAAGCGAUGGUAUUUCGCUACCAAUCGAUGCAACCGAUCACUAUCGUGGAUAUCUUCAAGGAAAUCCCCAUCAGAAGGUUGUUUUGUCGCGAAUUGUGCCUAGUGUUUAUAUUGGUAUGAUCUCUGCUGGGAAUGAUUCCGUUUACAUCGAACCAGCCUCGCUUCACUUUGAAUCGGCAGAUCAACGAGAUAUACUGGUAUUUCGCUCCGGUAAUUUAGAUGGAAACAGUAUUUUUCGGGGCUUAAGUGAAGAUGGAAUACUGGCUCCAGUGCAGGUAAACAUGGUAGCUAGGGUAAAUGAGAUUUACACUGUUGUGAAUUGGGAUGAAGGGCAAGAGGAAACGGAAUUGGACAGAGGCAGAUUUGUUAAUAUGGGCUUUUCAAUCAAGGAACUGAAGAUCUUAGACAAGCCAUCGAAUCAACCUGGUCAUUACAAUUCUCGUGAUGUGAUUAAUAACGGUGUCUGGAAUUCCAAUCGUCUUUUAGAGGCAUUUACUCGUGAAGAAGGAUCACCUUCAUUUUGCCUGGUUCACUUGCUUACUGCUCAGUCAUUUGCGGAUUCUGCUCAUAUCGGUUUGGCUUACGUGGCGGAUACACGGGGAGGUCCGGGAGGGAUUUGUUCUGAAUCAACCUUGGUUCUCGAUCGUCAAAUCAGUUUUAACACAGUAUUUACAAGUGCCAUAGGAAAUACUGGUCUACAUGAUUAUCCUUUGGUGACAAAGGAGGCAGAAAUUGUUGUGGCUCAUGAAUACGCUCACAGCUGGGGUGCACAACAUGAUGGGCUUGAACGAGAUGCAGCUGGCCGUGAAGAAUGUUUACCAGAUUAUUCUGAAGGUGGAAAUUAUAUAAUGCAUAUGUACGCACAAAAUGGAUACGAUCCAAAUAACAUACGUUUCUCGCCUUGUUCACGGAAAAGUAUUCGUCGGAUGUUAGAACGUCGUUGGCAUCGUUGUUUUGAGCCAGAGAAGGCAUCAUUCUGUGGUAAUGGCGUCGUUGAAGAAGGAGAAGAUUGUGAUGAGGGCAAUUUUCUUACUAAAAACGGUAGCUCCAAAUGCUGUACGACUGAAUGUCGUCUGGCACCAUCCGCUCAGUGUUCUCCUCACAAUCAACCCUGCUGUAAUGCAACUUGUUCUUAUCAUCCAGCAGAUCACAUAUGUCUUCCAGGAGAUCCAUUACAGUGUAAAGCCUCCUCAUAUUGCACGGGACAUUCGGGAGAAUGUCCAAGUGCUCCGGCAAUAGCAAAUGGCUCGCCUUGCAUAGAAGAAGGAGAGUGUCAAGAUGGAGUGUGCCUUCCAUACUGUGAACGCAAAAGCAUCGCCAAGAAAAGUUGUAUAUGCGAGGAAGUGUCUGUUCCAGGGCCAAUCAUACAAUCAAAUAUCGUCGCUAUUAUAGUGCUUUUAUCAAUUGCCAUAUACAUUCCAAUUGGAUGCUGUAUCAAACGAGCCGACAAUCAAGAGUUACUGUCAUCCCGUCGAGCGGGACGAGUUCGAACUGUUGAUGUGACUCGCCCAGUGGACUUAUGA